AGAUGGCAGAAAUUUUUUAAAUCCAGAUUUUUCAAGAGUUUGGGAAAUCAAGCAAAUUUAUAUUUCACUGUAUUCUUUGUGAUUUUGGUGUUAUUUUUUCUUGAUUCUAUUAGAGAAACUCAUAAAUAUGGAGAAGGGAGACAGCAAGAACAAGAACAUGGCCAUUUAGAUGCUGAAUUACAACAGAGCAUGAGGCUCUUCAGAGCUCAGCGUAACUUUUAUAUUGCUGGUUUUGCAUUAUUUUUAUCAUUGGUUAUCAGACGUCUUGUUAUCUUGAUUUCUGCUCAGGCUACACUUAUAGCUAGAUGUGAUGCUUCAAUGAAACAAGCACAAAGUGCAACAGAUGCUGCUGAAAAAUUAAUGAAAGAAAAAGAACAGAGAGAGAAAGAAGAUGGAGAUAGAGCUGAAAAUGAAGGAAAUGUAAAGAGAGAGAAACAAGAAAUAGAAAUUCAGACAUUAAAAGAAGAACUGAAAAAAACUAAAGAUGAGCUUAGUUACACUAAAAAGGAUUUUGAAGCACUGAAAAGCCAAGCUGAAUCAAAUAGUAAAGCUUAUGAUGAUUUAAUGAAAGAAUACACUCAAGUGGAAGAAAGGAUGAAAGAAGUUUCUGGUCAAACAGUGAAUAAGAAGAGCGAAUAAAACAUUUCAUUCUUACUGCAUAAUUUUCAUUCUAUGCUGCUAAGUAUUCUCAAUGUUAAUUUUAUA